AUGCGUCCUUUUGUUAGUGGUUCUGUUGCUACUGGUGCUGCUAUCAGCAGCAGCGACAUAGAUUUGGGUUUGCUGCUGCCGCAGCAGCAGCAGCAGCAGCAGACGCAGCUGCUGCUGCUGCAGUCUACUGCUGUCUUGAAAAUACACCCAUGGGCUAGCAAAGGCUACACGAUAGGGGACCGUAUAUCUACUGCGGCGUCCCCGCAGAAGCAGCAGCAGCAGCAGCAGCAGCAGAAGCAGCAGCAGCAGCAGCAGCAGCAGCAAGAGGAUGAUGAGGAGUGCUGCGCGUCAGAAGAAGGUUCAGAGGAGGAGACGCAGGAGGGCGGAGACGGCGGCGAUGAUGCAGCAGCAAAGCUAGCAGCAGCAGCAGCAGCAGCAGCAGCACGAGGAGACUUUCAGCAAUGGCUGCUUCUCGCUGCUGCGCUCGUGCUGCUUCUCGUUUGCUGCUGCGUGUGGGCCCCCCCUACGGUUUGCUGCCGGAUGCAGCAGCAGCAGCAGCAGCAGCAGCAGCACCAGCAGCAGCAGCAGCAGCAGCAGCAGCAGCAGGACCCCAGAUAUGCUGCUCUGAGCUCGCUAGGUUUCCACUUACACGCAUCAAGUGGCCCGCCUUUCGUUCUAUGCAUCCUUCUGGGGCGGAGACAGACGCAGAGACAGAAGCAGCAGCAGCAGCAGCAGCAGCAGCAGCAACUGCAGCAGCAGCAGCUGUCACAGCAAUAA